CUUCCGGACGUAUGGCGCCCGUCACCUCCAGCCCCUGCAAUGUAACUUGACGCUUCUGUGGAUUUGAUUGGUGGAACUGGAGCGCAGGUCUCCCCUGAUUGGUGAGUGAGCAAUCUGCGUGUGUUGGCGCGGCGGCCGGCUCGGAGUCAGCCCUAACUCUGCGGUCUCGCUGGCUCCGAGUGUUGGCGGCACGAUCAUGGUGGACAUAUUGGAGCUCCCCAGAGCACGCGUCAACGCCAGCAUGCUCACGCAGUUCAUCGACAGACCCGUGUGCUUUGUGGGCAGGCUGGAAAAGAUUCAUCCCACAGGAAAAAUGUUCAUUCUUUCAGAUGGAGAAGGAAAAAAUGGAACCAUUGAAUUGAUGGAGCCACUUGAUGAAGAAAUCUCUGGAGUUGUGGAAGUAGUUGGAAAAGUCACAGCCAAGGCAACCAUAAUGUGUGCAUCUUACAUCCAGUUUAAGGAAGAUUGUGCUCGCUUUGAUCUUGAACUUUACAAUGAAGCUGUGAAAAUUAUCAAUGAGCUCCCUCAGUUUUUUCCUAUUUAGGGCUUAUAAAACAUGAAUGAACUUCUUGAAUUUUUUAUGAUUGCCAGUGACUACAUUGAAAGCUAUUAAAGAAAAUUCCUUCAGUUUGAGAGAGACUCCUCUAAUUUCUAAUAUUUAAUUUGCUCUUUUGUAUGGAUUUUGUUAUAAAUCUAUUAUGUGACAAUUUACAACUAAAAUCUUUUUAUAAAAUUUUUAAAAUUGCUAUUUCUGCAUAUGGUCUGGAUUCAAAAAUAAAGCAUUUGUCUUGAGUUUAGAUUUAUGCUGUAUAAUAAAAAUCAAAAUAACA